AUGGGAAAGGGAACGGACAAGCUUUACAUCACACACUCUGAGUGGGCAUCGGAAGACGCUUUCUCAGCCAGUGCUGGCGCUGGCGUUUCCAAAGCAAAGAGAGGUGGUCCUCACGCCGCAUUCAAGCGCUUACCAUUCAAUUUCUGCUCGCUCUCACUCCAACCAUUUUCACACCCCGUUUGCACGCCAACAGGAACGAUCUUCGACCUCACUCACAUCUUGCCAUGGAUCAAGAAGCAUGGGACGAACCCUGUCGAUGGAGCGCCACUGAAGAGCUCAGACUUGAUCAAGUUGACCAUCGCGAAGAACGAGGAUGGCGACUAUGUCGACCCAGUGACCUACAAGGUCUUGACGGAUAAUACACAUAUCGUCGCAUUACGGAAUACUGGGAAUGUAUUCUCCUGGGAUACAGUGGAGCGACUCAACAUCAAGGGGAAAUUGUGGCGUGACUUGGUCACGGAUGAGGAGUUUAGCCGGAAGGACAUUAUUACCUUGCAAGACCCGCAGAACAUCGAAUCGCGCAACCUCAGUUCCUUUAAUUACAUCAAGGAAGGAGAGAAGGGGGUUCUGGAGGACCAAAAUACCGAUAAUGUCAAUACCAAUGCACUUGGCAGUGCGGCCAAGAUCCUAAAAGCGAAAGAGGCGGUCGCGAAGGCACGGGCGGAACGUGCUCAGCAGGCCAGUGCUGCUACGGCUGGCUCUAACGCGGUUUCGAAAUCUGGAGCUGGGAACGUGGCUACCAAGACAGGUGGAUCCCAAGCGGGAAAGCCGACGCCGUACAACGCCGCACGGUUCACUACGGGCAAGGCGGCUGCCUCAUUCACCAGCACCGGACUGACACCACACACGUCUGCCGAGCUAGCGGUAUUAUCAGAGGAGGAAUAUAUGCUGAAACGGGGCCGCGUGAAGGCCAAGGCUUAUGCACGCAUCAUCACCACUGCCGGGCAUUUGAAUUUAGAGCUGUAUCCCGAGCAUGCGCCCAAAACCGUUUGGAACUUCCUUCAGCUGGCCAAAAAGGGCUAUUACAAAGAUGUACCAUUCCACCGCAAUAUCAAGGGUUUUAUGCUCCAGGGCGGCGAUCCCACCGGCACUGGACGCGGCGGCGAGAGUAUUUGGGGCAAAUAUUUCGCCGAUGAAUUCGAGGGGCCAUUGAAACACGAUGCGCGAGGCACUCUGAGCAUGGCUAACAAGGGCAAGAACACAAACAGCAGUCAAUUUUUCAUUGCUUACCGAGCCCUGCCUCAUCUCAAUCUCAAGCACACCGUCUUCGGUCGUCUGAUAGAUGACCCAACCCCCUCAUCUACUACCCUGAAUACACUGGAAACCCACCCUGUGGAACCAAACACGAAUCGUCCUACCCCCGAAAUUCGCAUCGAGGAUAUCACAGUCUUUGUAGAUCCCUUCGAGGAUUUCCUGAACCAGAAGCGUGCAGACGAGGCGCGAGCUACAGGUGCUACGGCUCCGUCUGCCGAAGAAGAGGAGGAGACUGCCCGUCAAUUGGACGCUGAUCGUGUCACCUGGACCGGUAAGCGGCUGCGUACCGCUGGCGCGGACUCAACUGAUAACGGUGCCUCCGCUGGGGUUGGAAAAUAUCUGAAGGCAGCAUUGGCAGAAAGGGAUCAACAGGAAGAAGAUGAGAUUGUCGAGUAUGUGGAUGAGCCUGCGUUCGAGCCUGCUCGUAAGAAGACCAAGGGGUCUGGGGGCUUUGGAGAUUUCAGUUCUUGGUAA